AUGCGUGCAAGUUCCACUGCCAUUCAUCCCACUGCAACAUGGUCAACCAAUGGUACCACUGUUGCUGGAGGGAACGGACAAGGCAGUGAAACCAAUCAACUCUAUAACCCACAUGGUUUGUACGUCGACGAUGAUCUAACGAUUUAUGUCGCUGAUCAAUUUAAUCACCGUAUUGUGGAAUGGAAACCUGGUGCAACGAAUGCCACAGUAGUUGCAGGUGGAAAUGGAACUAAUCAAUUAAAUCUCCCAACAGAUGUGAUUAUCGACAAAGAGAGCGAUAGUCUCAUCAUCAGCGAUUUCGAUAAUAGAAGAGUACUGCGAUGGCCUCGUCGAAAUGGUACUCGUGAAGAAACAAUUAUUUCAAAUAUUGCUUGCGUCGGUUUGACAAUGGACGACAAUGGUUUUCUCUAUAUGGUUGACUAUGGAAAACAUGAAGUGAGACGAUAUAAAAUUGAUGAUACUCAAGGCACAGUGGUUUUAGGUGGCAAUGGACAAGGAAGUCGCCUCGAUCAACUCUCGCUACCCCAAAAUGUAUUUGUCGAUCGAGAUCAUUCAGUAUAUGUGUCUGAUCAUUACAAUCAUCGUGUCAUGAAGUGGGAAGAAGGUGCAACACAAGGUACUAUUGUAGCCGGUGGUAAAGGAUAUGGAAAUAAUCUUACACAAUUGAAUCAUCCUAAUGGAGUCAUUGUCGAUCAAUUGGGUACUGUCUAUGUGGCUGAUUCUUGGAAUCAUCGAAUCAUGCGUUGGCCAAAAGGAGCCACACAAGGAACUAUUAUUAUUGGUGGAAACGAUUAUGGAGCACAGUUAAAUCAACUCGCUAUUCCAAUAGGCUUAUCAUUCGAUCGACAUGGUGAUCUCUAUGUCGUCGAACGCCGAAAUAAUCGAGUACAGAAAUUUAAUAUCAAAUAA